AUGCUACAUCUUAUAUCAGUUGUUUUGAGAUCUCGCUUGGGUCAUAAACUAGACAAAAGACGAAAAUCGAUCUCUGGAAACGUAGAAACAAACGUUUUUUUCCUUUUUGCUGAAACAAAAUUUUUCUAUUUUGAUGCUUCCCACUGGGAAAAUUACGAAACAUCAGAGUACUCUGAUUUUAUUGGCGAAUUAUUAUUCCCAGAUUUGAAGCACAUUCUCAAACCCGAGGAUUUUAACAUUAAACAAUGUUCGCAUUCCAAAUCAGUUCAAAGAGUUCGAGUGAAAUGUAAACAUUUACAAGCAAUACAGAGGAAAGCAAAUCAAAUUCUUUCAGAUGAAGGAACUUCGAAAGCAAUGUUAUUGAAGUUAAAAAUAACUUUCCGCUUCAAUAAAGAUUUGGAUAUGUGA